AUGCCACUUCGACUCACCUCCGCCCCAGUCUCCGGUAUUAAAAAGCGCAAGUCCUCAGCUCAGUCACGCCCCCGUGCGUCCCCCUUCGCCAGCCAUGCCCGCAGCAAACCCUCCGUCCGCCCUUCGACACCUGGUGGCGUGAACUCGAAGGCGAACGAUAUCGAGUUCGAAGAUUACGGCCCCCUCGAAGACCUCGGUCUAUCGCGCCAUAUCCCCGAAACCGCACCCGUAGAUGAUGUCCUCGAUGCGAUUAAACAUACCAAGGAGAACAUGUUCGAGGAGCUCCCCGCACGGGCGGGGAUGAACAGCACGCGGAUCGCGCAGGUGUUGAAUUUCAGGCGCUCGCUGCCGCCUCUUGUUUCGGUUGCGCAUGUUCAUACGAUUCUUGAUGCACCGACGAAGGUUGAGAGGGAGGUUAUGGAGCUGGCGACGGCGGGCACGAUAAGGCGCUUGAUUGUGCCGGGGAGGGGGAAUGAUGCGGCGGGGCUGGGGGAUUGCUUGGUCUUGACGGAACAUUGGGAGGCGCUUGUUAGGGAAAGUGCCUUGGAUGAUGGCUUGAAAGAGAAAUUCCUUACAGUGCUUAAUCGCAUCGGUAAUACGUGCGCUAUACCGGGGACGGCCUUCUCGAGCGCAGAAUAUAUGGCCUUGGUACGCGCGGGAUUCAUCGUCUCGUCUUCAUCGCUGGCCAAGGGCACAUCUAGUGUUCCGUCUUUGCCGAAUCUACCGAGCAUGGCUCCAACGAUGCCGGCUAGUCGAAUGGGCUCUAAUACUUCUGCGAACGAUACAGAGCCGACACUCCGAUCCCAGUUCCACACGGCAACAUUAUUCCUCUCUCUCCCGAACACCGGACCAUACCUCAAACUCCUAGGCGGUGGACGGGACCAUCUCAUCGCACUCCUCAAGAAGUCGCCAUCCGGAGAAGCUCCGCUUACCCUUCUUCGAGACCGAUGGGACGGCGCAGUCGAGUCGGAGCGCAGUUUCAGCGUAGCGAAACGAGCGAGGGGGGAGUUUGCGGGAAUCUUACCAGGCAAGACGAAGAAGUGGAAGGAUUUCUACGGCAUGAGUUUUCGAUGGGUGCUGGAGGAGGCGGUUGGGGCUGGCUUGGUGGAGAUCUUUGAUACGGGGAGUGUUGGGCCUGGGGUGCGCGCUUUAUGA